AUGACUCUCAGCCAGCCAAUAACAGAGAACGUUUAUGAGAUGAGAGGAUCACAGUUCAAAACAGAGCUUGUGCUGGACCUGCUGGAGCCGUCCCAGCAGGACCUGCCGAUCCGGGAGGACCGGGACCAGAACAUCCUGAUCCUGGGGCUGACUGAGCGGGAGCUGAGAAGCUUCAUGGACUUUGAGCGGCACUUCCUGCCGGCCAGCCGCAACCGCAAGGGAGCCUCUACUCAGCUCAAGGACCGCUGGAGCCGCAGCCACGCCGUGCUGCUGGUGACUCCCUGGGGGGGCUUGGCUUACAGCGUGAUCGUAGCAAAUGUCAUCCCGGAGCUACACUUUUACUCUGACACGCUGAGCAUGCGGAACUUUGCUGCCAAGACCAAGCAGGUGGUGAACCGGCCCUUCACCCAGGAGACGCUGCAGGCCCCAGCUGCACCUCCCGAGGACCCUGGAGCUGGCAGUGAGGGUGCCGGCCCCGGAGUCAGGAGACCCCCGAGGCUGAGACCCUCAGCUGGAUCCAAGCCUGGUGCAGUGGCUGUUGGCAGCUGGAGAAGCAGCGGAGGGGGCGGGUGGAGGCUGCCGCUGCUCAGCAUCCCCGGGCAGGAGCGGGUGGCCCUGCAGACCCAGCUGGAGGAGACGCGCCAUGAGGUGGAGAACCUGACGGAGAGGCAAAAGGAGCGAGAAGCCGUGGCUCUGCUGGACAAGGCCUGUCAGCCCAAGCCUGUGCACCACAGCGAGGCCCCCGCCGGGGCCCAGAAACAGGAUGUGGUCCUCCUGCUGCAGCAAGCAGCGAGCUCUCCCGCCACCCCCCAGCCCCUGGGGCGGGCACCAUGCUGUCCCAGCAGAGCCAGCCUGGCCGAGCCCCGCCGUGCCAGCCCCCCAGCCCAUGUACGAGUGUGCGUCCGCCUGCGCCCCUGCAGCCAGGGGGACCCCUGCAUCCGUGGCUUGGAUUCCCACUCCGUGGAGAUCUCCAAUUGGAGGAACAAGAUGGAGACUGUACAGUACGAGUUCGACACCUUCUAUGGUGAUCGAGCCACCCAGAACGACAUCUACACCGGCUCCGUGCAGCCUGUCCUGUGCCACCUGCUGGAGGGGCAGAAUGCCAGUGUGCUGGCCUAUGGACGCACCGGUGCGGGUAAGACGCACACCAUGCUGGGCAGCACAGAACAGCCAGGUGUGAUCCCACCGGCACUGCGGGAUGUCCUGCUAAUGACACGGGAGGCGAGCUGCUCACCCGGGGCUGAGGAGUGGGACUUCUCCAUCUCCAUGUCCUACCUGGAGAUCUACCAGGAGAAGGCAAGUAUGGGAGUGCUGGAGCCGUCCCAGCAGGACCUGCCGAUCCAGGAGGACCGGGACCAGAACAUCCUGAUCCCGGGGCUGACUGAGCGGGAGCUGAGAAGCUUCAGGGACUUUGAGCGGCACUUCCUGCCGGCCAGUCGCAACCGCACGGGAGCCCCCACUCUGCUCAAGGACCGCUUGAGCCGCAGCCACGCUGUGCUGCUGGUGUGGGUGGCACGGAGCCAGCGAGCGGCCCCCCACCGCCGUCGCGUGGCCAAGCUCUGCCUCGUUGACCUGGCUGGCUCCAAGGACAACCGGCGCAGUGGCAACCGCGGCCUGUGGCUCCAGGAGAGCAGAGCCAUCAAUGCCUCCCUGCACGUGCUCAGGAAGGUCGUGGAGGCCCUCAACCAGGGGCUGCCCUACAUGCCGUACCGCGACAGCAAGCUCACCCACCUGCUGCAGGACUCCCUGGGGGGCUUGGCUCACAGCAUCAUCAUUGCUAAUGUCGCCCCGGAGCUACACUUUUACUUUGAGAUCCUGAACUUUGCUGCCAAGACCAAGCAGGGGGUUAACCGGCCCUUCACCCAGGAGACGCUGCAGGCCCCAGGUUCGACACCUUCUAUGGUGAUCAAGCCACGCAAGAAGACAUCUACACCGGCUCCGUGCAGCCUGUCCUGUGCCACCUGCUGGAGGGGCAGAACGCCAGUGUGCUGGCCUAUGGACGCACCGGUGCUGGUAAGACGCACACCAUGCUGGACAGCACAGAUCCCACGGGCUCUGCGGGAUGUCCUGCUAAUGACACGGGAGGCGAGCCGCUGACCCGGGGCUGAGGAGUGGGACUUCUCCGUCUCCAUGUCCUACCUGGAGAUCUACCAGGAGAAGGCAAGUAUGGGAGUGGGGAG